AGGGGCGGCGGCCGCAUGCCCUGCAGCCCGAUCUGGCCGCGGCGCCGGUGCCGGCGCACGACCUGGUGAGAAUAGAGGGCGGGGACGGGGGGCUGGGCGACGAGUGGGGGCUGGGCGGCGGAGCGGUGGGGGGAGGGGGGAGAUGCAGGGGCGGCGGCCGGGCGCGCCUGUCUGCUGGGGCGGCGGGACGAGCGGCGCCCCGUGGGGAGAUGCAGGGGCAGCGGCCGCACGCCCUGCAGCCCGAUCUGGCGGCGGCGCCGGUGCCGGCGCGCGCCCUGGUGAGAAUAGAGGGCGGGGACGGGGGGCUGGGCGACGAGUGGGAGCUGGGCGGUGGGGGGAGAGGGGAGAUGCAGGGGCGGCGGCCGGGCGCGCCUGUCUGCUGGGGCGGCGGGACGAGCGGCGCCGUGGGGAGAUGCAGCGGCGGCGGCCUCUGGUGA